AGCGCUUGAGCCAGGAUGACGAAUCCUAUUUGGCAAAGAAUGAAUGCUUGCUUCCACCAUCACAAGAAAAGAUGUCAGUCACAUCUUCGGAGGCACAAACGUAUCCCGUACAACUAUACGUUUACGAUUUGUCCAACGGUCUGGCCAGAAGCCUUAGUAGACAGCUUACCGGACGACAAUUCGAUGCAAUUUACCAUACUUCCAUUGUGGUAUACUCGAGAGAAUGGUACUUCGGUCAAGGUAUAUUCAAUGAAACACCUGGAAGGACACAUUUCGGUCAACCGAUUCAAAAGAUUGAUUUAGGCCAAACAUCCAUCGAUCCAGCCACAUUUCAGGAAAUCUUGACCGAUUUACGAGAACGGUAUCGGGCGGAUACGUAUCAUCUCUUGCAGUUCAAUUGUAACACCUUCACAGGUGAAUUAUCACAGAUCCUUGUCGGAAAGGACAUUCCCGCCCAUAUCACCUCUUUACCACAAGAUUUCCUCGCCACCCCUUUUGGACAGAUGAUGGGACCGCAAAUCGAUGCAAUGUUUCGAGGUGGACCAAGCUCUGCUCCACCAAGACAGAUGGCGAACGCACCACCAUCAGCAAUGGGUAUAUUGAACAAUGUCACACGCUCUGCGAUGACAAACGGGCAUACAAAUGGGGCAGCAACGAGUAAAGUGACCGUCAAGCCGCUUCAAUCGGUCGCACACCUGGAAGAUUUGAAAAGAUCUGCCCCAAGUGCUGUUGUCAUGUAUACAUCGCAUACCUGUCCACCAUGUGUGCAGAUGCAUCCCGUAUACGAAUCGAUCGCUGAGAAAUACUCGGAAGCGGGCAAGUAUAAAGAUAGGCCGAUCGUCUUUGGUCAAGCGUACGCACAAUCUGCCCAGAUGCUGAUGCAAUCAGAAGGAAUCAGUGCCACACCGACGUUUCACUUUUACGCAGCUGGAAAGAGGGUUAACGAGUUGAAGGGUGCCAAUGCAUCAAGCCUAGAAGAUGCUAUCGAAGCACUGCUUUGGUCGCAGUAUAGACCGCAUCCUCAUUCCAAAUUACAAAAUCCCGCUGACCUCGUUCCAAGACAGGCGAUCAAAUACAAAACAAUACCAAAUCUCAUGUUUGCACAACAAAAGCUCAACGAUAUCACUUCCAGGCAUCCUGCUAAAUCGUUUGGCGAGAAAGCUGAUAUCCAAGAAGCCCGAUCUAUAUUGACGAAAACACUAUUUCCUUGGAUACACGAAGGAUUGGCAGCAGGGAAGCAAAAGGCAAUGUCCAAUCAAGAUUCCGAAAAGUGGAUUGAUGCAGCACAAAAGACGAUCGGCGUACUUCGUUUGUGCGAUAUUUUCCCAAUCGUUGAUCUAGUGAGAAUUGCCGUUCUAGAUGCAUCUCAGUCGGAGUAUCUUUCAGGCUCUGAUCAAGGCACAAAAAUGCUUGACGCCAUUUGGGCAAAAGCAAAAGCCGAUAUGACAUUAGAGAACAAGGCAACGCUAUUGACGACAUUCAGGUUGAUCGGGAAUAUCUUGGCGGCAACGCCUUACAGCACGAAUGCAAAGACUGUGCAAAUGGCUCGUCAUGUGUCUGAAAGUAGCGAUGUGAUUGCAUUACUCGUCUUUGGUGUUCUAAGUGAAGAUUUUGGCCUUCGCGGGGCGGCCGUCAAUGCAGCAUUCAAUCGUGCAUUAUUGCAAAGCGAAGGAAGAAGUUUGUUCAUUACUGCACCCAAAGAGAAUGAUGAACCUCAAUCGGAAAGUGAUGACGAAGUGGAAUUGAUCUGUGCCGUGUUGGAAUGUGUGGAAAAGGAGCAAGAUCUAGAGAGACUACAUCGAGCUACUGCGGCACUUUUGCUUCAACUCUAUUGUGCUCCUUCUUGGCAUGCAACGUUGCAUUCUUUAUUGGACGUCUUGGAAGCUUCACAGAAGCUGGAACAAAAGGUCAAGCUGAUCAAAGAGGAUACCUCAGGUAAAGCUUCUGAUGUCUGUAAGCUACUAGAACAGACUGUACGACUCAUCAAAGCACAAUGAGAGCGAUAGAUAGAAAUUGAUGUAUUUUAC